GUUCUCUAUGGUGUAAUAUUUUUUGUUUGACAAAUAUAUUGUGUUUUUUCGAUCAAUAAUCAAAUAAAUAGUUGUACAAAAUGACAGCAACAACAGAUAACUUGUCUGAAUUACAAAAAGAUAUAUUUAAGAGAAUAAGUAAUAAUGAGACUGCAGAACUAAAAGCAUUGCUUGCUGCAAAUAAAAUAAAAAUAGAUUUCGUUGAUAAAAAUGGAAUGUACCCACUUCAGCAUGCUGCUUAUAAGGGAAAUAAAGAAAUUGUUCAACUUCUUCUUGAUCAGGGCGCCGACGUGAAUCUUUGUCAACAUGAGCACAAAUAUACGGCAUUGCAUUUCGCAGCAUUAAGUGGAAAUCCAGAGGUUUGUCAUCUACUAAUGUGUCAUGGAGCGAAGCUAACAACAACUAAUAGUGUUGGACGGACGGCAGCUCAAAUGGCAGCAUUUGUUGGAAAUCAUAAUUGUGUUGCAGCUAUCAAUAAUUAUAUACCAAAAGCUAAUAUUGAUUAUUAUAUAAAACCACAAGGACUACAAAAAGAACCAAUGCUUCCUGUACAUCUUGCUGAUUCUUUCCAUAAAUUUAUUAUGCAAGUUAAUGUUCAUCCAGUAAGAGUUGCUAUGACAUUACAAACAUGUUCAGGACUUAUAGAUUAUUUACCAAAGAUUCAAAAAGUUUUAGAAUCAAUGUGUCACAGAGAAAUGUCUAAAAGUUCAGAGGCAAAUGAAAUAAUUGCAUUUAAAUAUCACUAUUUAAGUUGUGUAAUAGGUGAAUUAAUAAAAUGUCAAAAGCGUCAAGAAGCCCGAAAAACUGAGAAAACUGAAUCGGAAAAAUUGUCUCAAGAAAAUAAAAAUAAAGAUGAUGAGAAAAAUAAUGAUAACCAUAAAGAACAAGAUACAAGUAAAAGGACCAAUAAAGAUAAAGAUGAAAAAACUAAAACUGAUUUAGUAGAACUUUUCAUUCGAGCUUUAUUAAAAUGUAAUAAAGCUGACGGUUUUCCAGAGUAUCAAGAAGCAUUUUUACGUGAAGUAGUACGCGAGUUUCCUUUCAGAGAAAGCAUCAUUUUUCGCCAAUUGGUUGCAGCUCUUGCUGGAUCCGAUCCACCGCCUGCUGCUUCUAUUAUUUCAGCUGCAAUUAAUGGCCAACGUGGAUUCUCCGAUAAUUCUCAAAGUUGCGUAACUUGUAGUGAGGAGAGAGCUAAUAAGAAAUGUAGUAAAUGCAAAGCAGUUCAAUAUUGUGAUAGAGAAUGUCAAAGACUUCAUUGGUUUCUUCAUAAAAAAGAAUGUGCUCGAGUAAAUGGAGGAAUAUCUGGGUUAAACUUUAAAGCUAGUAAUAUUGAUAAAGCAGAUAUCGCCAACGCAGUUAAAAAUGAAAUUGAAAGUUUGAAAAUUGAAUAAUUCUAAUAGUGUGUUUACCAAAUGACUUUUUUUAUUUGUAAAAUUGACGGUAAAAGACAUUAUUUAUUAUUAAUGUCACUUUGUCGGUAAGAAAAAAAUUAUGAAGUAUAUCAAUGUCUUUAUCUUAUGAAACAAUUUUAAAUUUAUCUUUUCCGUAUAUUCCAAAAAUGUUU